ACAUCCAUGCACUUAAAGAGUGAAAAAGCAGUUUAAAUCACGGAAGCUUUAGAGUCGGGUGAGAAUUCGCCUCCCUUCACGUUCGCACUUAUUUCCGGAGUUUCAAACACAAUGAAGUAAUUUAAUUGGCCGUGGCACGUGAUAUGAGCAGUAAAUGGCUAGAAGGAUGCUCAGUGAUGAACCUCAUCAACGGACGCCAAUUUGCUGGUUAUUCAUAGUGCCUUGCGUGUGCGUGACUAUAAAAUCCAAACGUGAUGACGUCACUGGUCCGUUUGACAAAGUCGUGCUGAGAGUGGCAGUGCAAGUCCUGUCAUGAAGAAAGGCGACCCCAAGCAAAGCGACCCCAGGAGACCCUCUGCUCCCGUGCCCGCCUUGGUGGGUCACAAAACCCGACCACAACCUCAAGCCAAGACCCAGAACCAGCACCACUUGGAGGUCCACCGUGGCGAGCCCCCGAGAAGACCAAAGAAAAGAUGGGAGGUAUUCCCAGGGAAAAAUCGCUUCUUCUGCGAUGGACGCCUAAUAACGGCCCCCCAGAGUGGUAUGCUACCCCUUACCCUGGGGCUCAUCUUGGUAACCGGCGGAUUAUUCUUCAUAUUCGACUGUCCUUUUCUGGUUGAAAACCUGACGAGCUGCAUACCCGUCAUCGGAGGAAUCCUUUUUACGUUCGUGAUCGUCACGCUGCUUCAGACCACCUUUUCGGACCCCGGCAUUCUGCCUCGAGCGACGCCAGAUGAGGCGAUUGACAUUGAGAAGCAGAUCGACAAUGCUGGUAACGCCACCUACCGCCCCCCGCCACGCACCAAGGAGGUCCUCAUUAACCAGCAGGUGGUCAAACUCAAGUACUGCUUUACCUGCAAGAUGUUCCGGCCGCCGCGCACCUCCCACUGCAGCCUUUGCGACAACUGUGUGGAACGAUUUGACCAUCACUGUCCCUGGGUGGGCAACUGCGUGGGAAAACGCAACUAUCGUGUCUUCUAUGCAUUCAUCGUGUCUCUGUCCUUUCUGACGGCGUUCGUCUUUUGUUGCGUGGUGACACAUCUGGCACUGAGAUCUAAUGAUGGGAAAAGCCUGGUUUUUGCUCUCCAAGAAAGUCCUGGGAGAUAUCCUUUACCUUUUGGAAAGAACAUUUUUAAGACAGUCAUCCCUGAUAACAUGGGUUUUGUUUCUUUGACUGGACUUCGUACCGCCGUGGAGCUGUUUAUUUGUUUCUUCGCAGUCUGGUGCAUCGUGGGCCUCUCAGGCUUUCAUACGUACCUUGUUGCGACCAACCUUACCACCAAUGAAGAUAUUAAAGGUACUUGGUCAGGGAAGAGCGGCGCAGACGUCACCAACCCAUUCAGUCACAGAAACAUCUUCGACAACUGUGUAUCAAUCCUGUGUGAGCCCAUGCCACCCAGUUUGAUCAACAGUCGAGGCCUCACGCAGGCGGAUUCUGCCAUGGCCAUCGAACUGCCCGUCACGGCUGCCAAAAGUGGCAUGAAUGCGCCCCAACCGAGAGCUAAAAAUCUGACGAAGCCGUCCACCCCGGCGGGGGACGUCCACCCAAACCGUGGAACCCGCAGCAGUACCAGCUUACUACCCCCCGAUACCUCUCGUGUACGCCCUGCAGAGACAUAGACCUAAAACUAGAAUGCAUUCACACUUGCCUCAGAUGUCCACGUCACUCCGCGGCCAAACAGAGGAGCCUUGAAGGUGCCGGCUCCGUUCUUCCUUUCAACCCAAAGACACUUUUUAAAAUAUAUUUUGAUCAACUUUUUCAGGGAAUGUUUAAAAGAAAUGGUGUCGCCUCCAUUUGUUUUUGAUACAGACGAGAGGCCAUGUGUGCUGCAUGAUACAAAGUAGAGGUACACUUUUAACAGAUUUACUUGCAAAUUUAUUUUCAAGUUUUACAAGUCAUGUAUAGCUUUUCAUUGGCGAGACAAUGUAAAACAUCACUAAGCGUCUUGUUUUGUACUCAAAUUGAGUUUGCAUCCAUAAUUAUAGUGUAGUUGUGCAAUCAAGUCAUAUUUACACUCAUCUAAGACCGCCUUUUUUGACUUUUUGGCCAAUUUGCACUAUGCCACCUAGCAAAGCCACAAAUGUUGGUGCUCAAUAAGCAAGUCAUGUUUAUCCACAUUGUAACCUGCAAGGCAAUACUCAUAAACGUUACCCACCUGGAAUGCCUUUUUAAGGAGAAGCAUGUCUGUAUUUGUAUGAAAAUGCCAAGCAUAUUAAAUUAAAUAAAAGUAAAGGUGAUGUUGGAUUUUUUCCCCUGAAUACUGCUGCUACAUUUUUACGGAGGACUAAAUGGGACAGAAUGAAAUAUAUAAAUACGAGAGUUGUCCGGAUUUUAGCCGAUUAUAUCGGUUAUCCGAUAAAGAUUUUAAAAUGAUAUCGGAUAACGUCGACAUAGGAUUUUCAUUACCUGUCUUGAACCGCUAAGUCAUGUUCACUUAUUGCCUGCCUGUGUUUCCGGUGUUUUGACGCCCUCUGCUGGCGCUAGGUGUAAUUAGUUAUGAAUGAUUCCAGCACUUUCUGCUGAUGUCAUCAUAUGUAGACGUGAGCUAAUUGCUAAUACAGAGAGCUAAAUAGAGGAGCUCACAUCUGCAGCCAGUGCACCAUAUAGCCGUUUUUGCCAUCUGACCACAUUCAUUUGCUCCGUUACAUUUACUUGAGUAACUUUUGGGGAAAAAGUACUGCUAAGAGUAGUUUUACUAACCUAUACUUUUUACUUGAGUAGAUUUGUGAAGAAGAAAUGGUACUCUUACUCCACUACUUUUGGCUACCCUCGUCGUUACAUUUUUCCUUUUUCAUUUUACGUAUUGGAUUAAAAGGUUUUUUUUGUCAAAGACGCCAACAGUCGCUCUGACAGUUUUAACCAAUGAGAUGUCGCAACAGUAAUCACAUGACCCCAUUAUACCAAUCAGAUUCAAGCUUGCCAUUCUAUGAUCAUGUCGGCUUGUUCAAUCACGUGGCGUCUUUAAUGUAAAAAAAUUGGUAUUUGACAUAGAGCGCCGUCAUCAGCAUGACUCAAUAGCCCUGAUUUUAAUCUCCUAGUUUUUUAUUUGGCACCGAUUGACCACGGAAAACCGGAGAUAGGAUCCUUUUAGUUUCAUAAUAGGAAAUAUGUUAAUAAUGCUUCAUUUCUGUAGAUUUUUUUUCUCUCACUGGAAUUCAAUAUUGCUCUUUCUUUUCUUUUUUUUUCUUUGGUUUACUGUAUUAUUUAUUCCAUUAUUUUAUUUUAUUUUAUGUUAUUACAUAUUUUUAAACUGGAGUGGCACGUCAAAUUUUGUUGUUGACAACGUUGUUGCUGAUAAUGACACGUUCUAUUCUAUUCUGUUCUAUUAUAUUAUGUAGUAUGUUAUAGAACAGUAUGAUAAUAAUAAUAAACCCUAAACCACUGAGAAAAAAUAGCAUUGUUUAAAAAAACAAAAAAAACAAACAUCUUAAACAGUUACUCACAAUGUUACUCCUGACUUGAGUAUUCUUUUCACCAAAUACUUUUUUACUUGUAUUUGAGCACAUUUUUUGGAUGACUAAUUUUACUUUUACUUGAGUAAUAUUAUUUUGAAGUAAUGCUACUCAUACUUGAGUCAAAUUUGAGGCUACUUGACCCACCUCUGCUUAUAACUUAUUACUUUGUUUUGUAUUAAUGACUCAUGAGUGUUGUGUAGUAUAUUGGAGAUGUGUAUAUUUUGUUUUGUUGCAUUUGUGGUACAAAGUGGUUAGAUUAUUUCAUUGCUUGCAAGCUAUACUACCAGUUGCUAUUCAAAUUGACAUGUGGUGUAUACUUUGCAUUAUUCAUGACCUUAUUUCAUACAAUAUUGACACGUCGUUUUGUUUUUAGUUUUACAAAAAAAAAAUAUCAGUGCUCUUCUCAAGAGAAAGAUGACCACACUCAAGCCAAUCCAACUUUACUCCAGCGUUUGACUUCUCUUUAGAGCCUGAUUUGUUCGCUAUUUGUCCAGUUUUGUACCCCAUCACUCACAUUGAGGACAUAAUAAGCUCAUCAUAGCACUGAAACCGCAUUAGUUAAAGUAACUAAUGACUUGUUACUUGCCGCUGACGUUGGAUUAGUCUCGAUCCUGGUUCUGUUGGACCUGAGCGCAGCCUUUGACACAAUCGACCAUAAUAUCUUAUUGCAGAGAUUAGAAUGUGACAUAGGCAUUAGAGGAGCAGCCCUCUGCUGGUUUAAAUCAUAUUUAUCUAAUAGGUACCAGUUUGUCAAUGUAAACCAACAAUCAUCAUCGUACUCUAGAGUUAGUUAUGGUGUGCCGCAAGGAUCUGUCCUCGGGCCCAUCUUGUUUACGCUGUAUAUGCUUCCUCUAGGUAAUAUCAUCAGAAAACAUAGCAUUAACUUUCAUUGUUACGCUGACGACACACAACUGUAUUUAUCAAUUAAACCUGAUCAGGUCAGGCAAGUAGAAAAACUAAGCGCCUGCGUCCGAGAUAUAAAUACCUGGAUGAGCACUAACUAUCUUCUACUUAACCCUGAAAAGACAGAAGUCCUUAUAAUAGGCCCGAAAAGUGUUAGAGACUCUUUAGCUGCCCAGAUAGUCACUCUGGACAAUGUAAGUGUAGCCUCCAGCACCACAGUUAAAAACCUAGGAGUUUUAUUUGACCCUGACUUAUCGUUUAAAGCACACAUUAAACAAACCUGUAGAACGGCUUUCUUUCACCUGCGCAACAUCGCCAAAAUUAGAAAUAUUUUAUCUAAAAGCGAUGCAGAAAAAUUAAUUCACGCGUUCGUUACAUCGAGAUUGGAUUACUGUAACUCCCUACUUGCAGCUUGUCCUAAAAGCUCUCUAAAAGGUCGUCAGCUAGUUCAAAACGCAGCAGCAAGACUUUUAACAGGAAUCAAUAGAAGAGAGCACAUCACCCCUGUGCUCCAGGCACUUCACUGGCUUCCAGUCGAGUUUAGAAUUAAAUUUAAAAUACUCCUUCUUACAUUUAAGACCAUUAAUGGGUUGGGGCCAUCUUAUCUCACCGAUGCUCUGGUUCCAUACCGCCCCAACAGAACACUCCGAUCUCAGAAUGCAGGUCUACUGGUAGUUCCCAGGGUUUAUAAAAGUACUGUCGGAGCUCGAGCCUUUAGCCACCAAGCCCCUGUUUUAUGGAAUCAGCUUCCAGCUAGUAUUAAAGAAGCCGAGACAGUCUGCACAUUUAAGAUUAGAUUAAAAACGUUCCUAUUCGACAAAGCUUAUGGUUAGGCUAGUUGAAGUCGGAGUAGACUCACAGUUUAGUCUAAGCUGCACUAGAAGCUAUAAUGCUGGGGGCAGUACAGCCGCUGAGUUCUAUCUCCUUUUCUUACUCUACCUACCACUUGUCUUACUUUAUUUCUAUUUUCCAAUGUUAAUAUCUAGUUGUCUAGUCUCUUCAUCACUAGUCACCCGGUGUCCCCUUUCCCCCCUCCCCUCUGGGGAGGGGCUAUUUUUCAGCUGCAGCCUCCUGACUGUCCGGACCCCUGCCUGGAUAGACGUCCUCGCUGCUACCCCCGUCUCAUCUGACUAGAGGGACUUCUUCUUGCUCCUUUACUCCACUGUAUUUUUAAGGACUAUAAUUUCGCUUGCUAAUUCCCAUUAGCCGUUCUGGGGUUCCUGUCUAUCCGUCCUGGGAGUGGAUCUCUCCUGACUGUGGUACUCCCCAAGGUUUCUCAUUUUUCUCCCAAUUGACUCUGGAGUUUUUGGAGUUUUUCCUUGCCGGCAUGGAGGGUCUUAAGGAUAGGGGAUACCCAGGACUUGAACUGCAUCUAUUCAUCUUUGUUGCUUCAUUUCUAAUUGUGUAUCAUAUUGCCUCUGUAAAGCCCUUUGAGACUUCUGUUGUGAUUGAGGGCUAUACAAAUAAAAUUGAAUUGAAUUGAAUUGAAUAAGUGCCUUAUUGGCACUUUGCACAUGCACUUGAUUUAAAAAAAAAACUGAUGUUUGCACUAUUUU